AUGUGGGCUCGUCGUUUUAUCAUCAACGGGUCGCUGGCGGCCUUAUCCUUGUCACUAAUUAUCAACAUUCCGGCCGGCGAUGCCUACAAUUUCUCAGUCGCCAACAACGCCCCGGUGAGCACCCCGGGAGGUUCCCGCUACGCCAAGGAAAUCGGCGGCAAAAACUACAGCUUGGUCGCAAUGUCGAAAGCCGCGGAUUGCGUAGUGAGCGUGUUUGGUCUGCUGGGUGAACUGAAGCCAGUCCAGAAUAUCAGCUUGAUCAUCGAGGAAGACAUUACUACAACAGGCGUCCAUAACCAAACUUGGGCCUACGUUAGCAACGCCAGCAACAUCCACGUCAGCGCAAGGUACCUCGGCGGGUACAAGGGCGCCGACGUGAAGAAGGAAUUCACGGGCAUCAUUUACCACAGCAUGGCGCGGGUGUUGCCGUGGGACGGCAAGGGUCAGGCUCCCGUCGGGCUGCUGACGGGGCUCGCCUCUUUCGUGAGGACGUACGCCGAUCUGGCUCCGGCAGAGAGCACGGUGCAGUUCGGCGACGGGGACAGGUGGGAUCAAGGUUACGAGGUGACGGCCAACUUCUUGAUUUACUGCGAAUCGUUGCGCGAAAAGUUCGUCCCCGAGCUGAAUCUGAAGAUGAAAGACGGGUACAGCAACGACUUCUUUUACCAUUUGAUCGGGAAGACGGUUGACCAGCUUUGGAAGGUUUACAAGACCGAGUUUGGACAAUCAUAUUAA